AUGAGACGAGAUAUAUAUGGUAAGAAAACACGUGUCGAGGUCGACCAUUCGCCAGAGGUUAAGUACGCCGACGGCGUUUUUUGGUCAGCAGCGAUGGAAUGUAACGAUCACUCUCCACAGACGAUGAGCUUCGGAGCGUAACGGUUGCAGAAUUGUUUCUCCAUUAUGGCAUGGUUUAGGAUGAUGGAGAAGUCCGAAAGUCACAUGCUGUUCAUUCUCGUGUCCUCGGUGUGUAUAGGAGUAUGCUACUGCGUUAGCGGAGGUACGGACGCGCUCCAGGGCGUCGUAGUUCCUCGCAACAAGUUCACCGUGCCCGUUGUGUGUUAUUACUACGGCUGGGCCAUCGCCAGGCCAACGCCUAUGAACUACAAGAUGGAAAACGUGCCUCUGGACAUGUGCACAUAUGUCGUGUUAGCAUUUGCAGGGAUAAACAGAAAGACAUGGGAACUCAAGAGCAUCAUACCCACCUACAGAAGGGACCAAAGCCUCUACAAGAACUUUACAAACUUAAAGACACAGCACCUAUACCUGCGAACUAUGCUGGCUGUCGGCGGCUGGGAAACGCACGGGAAGCUCUUCUCCCAAAUGGCGAGGGACCCGAAGAGGCGAGCGGCUUUCGUAAAGAGUGCUCUCAGGUGGAUGCAGGACUAUGAGUUUGACGGACUAGAGGUGAUCUGGAUGUAUCCGGGCUACGACAAACGCGGUGGCAUCGUACAUGACAAAGAAAAUUUCGUGCAACUCAUGAAGGAACUCAAGGCAGCUUUCAAACCACACCCGCUGUACCUUACCGCAGCUGUUCCCCUGGGAAACAUGUACCUGGAGCAAGGCUAUGACAUACCACGACUUGGAGAGAACAUUGACUGGUUCAACGUGCUCGCCUUCGAUUUGCGUGGAACGUGGAACCGAUUCACAGACGUCCAUGGCAUCCUGUACAAAAGAAAAAACGACACAAAGUACUACCAAGAACUCACCAUUGAAGAAGGAAUGAAGCGGCUGCAUCAACUGGGAGCCCCGAAACAAAAACUCAUGCUGGGAAUCGCGUUCUUCGGACGUUCGUACGUCUUGAGAGACCGGAAGAAGCAUGGCGUCAAGUCACCAAUAAACUACGAUGUGAGGCCUCUGAAAGGGCCAUUUGUCAGAUCUGAUGAGGUCGUCGGGUAUUAUGAAAUUUGUCCUAACGUCAAUUCCGGAGCCUGGCACCGAGUGUUUGACGAGGAGGCGAAAUGUCCGUACGUGUACUAUUCCGACCAAUGGAUAGGCUAUGAAGACGGAGAAAGCGUCGGUCACAAGAUGGAUUUCAUCAUUCAAGGGGGCUACAGAGGGGUGAUGGUGUUCAACAACGACCUGGAUGACUUUAAUGGUGUCUGUGGCCCAAAGGAUCCGCUUAUGACUGUCAUAUUCAACAAGGUGGGAGAGAAGGAAGUGCAACGACAGAAAGCCGAGCGAAUGCUGCAAUUAGGAUUGAACACUUCAGAACCCUACACAGAAAUGACGUGGAAACUGGAAAGAACAGCCAUGGCAAGUCAACCAGUGACACUAGCGGAGAGUGAAGACCUCAAGCAAUGCCUCAAUACUCCAAAAGUCAUGGGGCCAUUCUCCGUCUUGCUGUGUGCUCAAUUAGUACAGCCGUUCCUGACAGGGUUUGCUCUGGCAGAUGCAGGAAUGCCCACAAUUCCACAAGAGUACGGAUCCCAGGCUCCACAUCCCAUACGCAAUCCAGGCAUGUUCAGGCCGCCAUUCAGGCAGCCAUUCAGGCCGCCGUUCAGGCCGCCAUUCAGGCAACGAUUCAAGCCACCUUUCAUGUCGCCGUUCAAGCCGCCGUCCAGCCCGUUCUUCGAUGUUCAGAUCCCAUUUUUCUUUCCCACCACCAAACCCCCCGGCCGAUCUACAGUUCAAGAUACGUCUAGUACCCAAAUACUGGACAUAACUCCUGAAAAUCCCACUGUGAACGUACGCACUGAAAGUUCCACUGUUACAACUACCACGACGACACCAAGUUCCCCCCCAGCUACACAGACAACCGCAACUCCCAAACCGCUAGAACCAGUUGAACGACCAGAAACAACAAUCGAAAAUACGUUCAUAAGCAGAGGUGGAAUACCUGUGGUCUGCUACUACCAUGGCUGGGCUACGACGAGGCAUAGUCCAAUGAACUACAACAUCGAAGACAUUCCAGGCGAUCUGUGCACCCACGUCAACCUGGCGUACGUUGGGAUUGACAUGGACAACUUAGAUAUAAAGUCGAUAAUCCCGUCAUACAAGAAUAACACAGAGCGCUACCGAGACUUCGGCGCCUUGAAGAACAAGUUUCUCAUACUGGAGACCAUGAUUUCCAUCGGGGGAUGGGACCAUGGAGGUGGACCUUUUUCAUUCGUGGCCGCCGAUGCGAGUCGCAGGCAGACGUUCGCCAACAAUGUCCUCAAGUUCCUCCAGGAGUACAAGUUAGACGGCGUCGACCUUGACUGGCGUUUUCCUGUCAAAGAAUCACGUGGAGGAGAUCCAGAGGACGAGGAAAACUACGUUCAACUACUUAGGGUGUUCCACAAUACUCUUCGUACCAAGGGGUACACGGUUACAGCAACGGUGCCUAUUACUCCUUUCUACCUCGAUGACGCGUACAACAUUCAAGAAAUGGUGAAGUAUAUCGAUUGGUUCAAUGUGCUCGGAUUUGAUCUCAGAGGCAGAUGGAACGGAAAAGCAGACGUGCACAGCCCGCUGCACAGAAAAUCAACUGACACCGCUGAUUUACAGAUGUUAAAUAUAGAAGAUGGACUCAAGUGGCUAGAAGAGCUCGGAGCCCCGAGAAAAAAACUCGUCGUUGGUAUUCCUUUCUUCGGACGAAGCUUCGUGCUCGCCAAUGAGAGCAAUCAUGGAUUGGGAGCCCCAACCACUCAGGCUCCGGCAGCUCCGGGAACAUUUCUCGGCAGCGAUGAAAUCCAGGCUUACUAUGAGAUAUGCGAGAAAGUUUUGGACGGUAUAGCCACAAGGGAGUUUGACGACGAAGGAAAAUGCCCCUACGCGUAUUACGAGGACCAGUGGAUCGGGUACGAAGACGAAGAGAGUGUUGGAAUGAAGGUGGACUUUGUCAUAAAGGAGAAUUACGCUGGCGUCAUGGUAUUCAACAAUGACAUGGAUGACUUCAGAGGAGUAUGCGGUGUGAACAAUCCCCUGCUCAAAGUCAUCUUCGAAAAGCUUGCGGAUGCACCGUGAUGCAAACAAGACUAUCACUCCGUGACACGCAUAUAGUGCUGCGUUUGUAAUAUCGAAAUUUCUUCGGCGUUGUAAAUCAGAUCAUCACGUCCAACGAGAGUUGAACACGUGUAUUCAUGCUUCCGUCUACGUUUCUUUUGUUUUAUUUUUCCAAAACUGGUACGCUUGGAAGAAGCGAAGCAGCGGAUCCCCUAUGGCCGUAACCAGCUCUAUUGUUUGUAAAUAAAUAUAUGGAGUGCAUUCACCUACGUCACGUUGUGAUGUCGCAUACGCGAAGCUCAAACCCACUGGUGGUCACCUUUCGUGCUGGCAGUAUGGUGAACUACUGGUAGCAUUGGAAGAUGAACAACUGUGUCAUUUUUCAAUGCGGCAACCAUAUAGUCUUCAUAAAAGAAGACGCGAGAACGACGACAACUUUAUUUUGUGAUUAUGAUCGGGGAGUUUCGCCAGGGGUGAUGACCAAGUGUCUUCGGUAAAAGGAAGGGGGUCGAUGCCACCGCAUCAAAGAACACUGCUCCAUGCAAUAAAUUGUUCAAACAUU